AUGGGGAAGUCUAUAGAACUAGGGAGGAUCCUCCAAAAGAGGAAGAUCAAUAUAGCGUGUGUCCAGAAGACUAGAUGGGUGGGUAAUAACGCGCGAGAUGUCAACGGGUAUAAACUUUGGUAUUCGGGACGUUCUAGGGGCAAAAACGGGGUAGGAAUUUUAGUAGAUAAAGAUCUUAGGGAGCUGGUGGUAGAUGUUAACAGGGUGAAUGAUAGGUUGAUGGUUAUUAAAUUAGUGGUUGGUGGGCUUACUUUAAGCGUGAUUAGCACAUACACGCUGCAAGCAGGCUUGGACGAGGAGGUCAAAAGGCUUUUUUGGCAGGAUUUGGAUGAGGUGGUGCGCGGUAUUCUGCACACCGAAAAGCUUUUCAUAGGAUGUGAUUUUAAUGGCCAUAUAGGAAAGACGGCUUGGGGGGUUACCUCGUAUUUUCAGAAGAAGGAGGACCACUUGGUCACGUUCCGGAGUAUGGUGGCCAAGACCCAGAUUGAUUAUCUUCUCUACAGGAAGAGGGAUAGAGGUCUAUGCACGGAUCGCAAGGUUUUACCGGGUGAGUGGCUUUAG